CACGGUGCGGCGGUCCAGGCGCUGGAUGAGGGGGCAUUCGAGGGCCGCCGCCGCUUGCUGGGCCAGCAGUCCGCUCCUCCGGCUGAACAGAGUCCGCUGCAUCAUGGCUGGUUGUACCGACCAGGGCGUGUGGAUCGAGCAUCCUGUUUAUCGGCUCGCCAUCACCCGCCUCCACCUUCCUCCCUUCGUCCUCUCGCCGUCACCCGUUCGAGUCUAAAUUGACGCUCAAGCCAGCCAGGCCCCCACCCUCCCCGCAUCCAUCGUUCCGGCCCACUUUCUCUCCUUUCCCGGGUGCCGAGCGCAGUAGGGAAGGGAGGCUGCAAGCGGGGGAAGCCAGACACGACCAAAAUAGGAACCGGCGGAGCCUGGCGCUGAUUCUCGCCCGACGCCAUCGCGGUGUCUCGGCGUAUGUGUGCGUGUGUGGUCACACAGUUUAACAGUGCUGCACCCCCACACUCCCACAGCCACCAGUAACAUGGCCGGGGCGUCAGUCAAAGUGGCGGUGAGGGUUCGGCCCUUCAACUCCAGAGAAAUGGCCAAGGACAGCAAAUGCAUCAUUCAGAUGACAGGAAACACCACAACAAUCCUGAACCCCAAACAGCCAAAAGAGAACAAGAGUUUCAACUUUGAUUAUUCCUACUGGUCUCACACCACGCCUGAGGACAUCAACUAUGCGUCCCAGAUGCAAGUGUACAAAGACAUCGGCGAGGAGAUGCUGCUCCACGCGUUUGAAGGCUACAACGUGUGCAUAUUUGCAUACGGGCAGACAGGAGCGGGCAAGAGCUACACCAUGAUGGGGAGGCAGGAGACUGACCAACAGGGCAUCAUACCUCUGCUCUGUGAGGACCUUUUUACCAAGAUUAGUGACAGCAAUAAUGACAACAGCAUGUCUUACUCUGUGGAGGUGAGCUACAUGGAGAUCUACUGCGAGCGUGUGCGUGACUUGCUAAACCCCAAAAACAAAGGGAACCUGCGAGUGAGAGAGCAUCCGCUGAUGGGGCCCUACGUGGAAGACUUGUCCAAGCUGGCUGUCACCUCUUACAACGACAUUCAGGACCUGAUGGACUCGGGAAACAAAGCCAGAACCGUCGCCGCCACAAACAUGAACGAGACCAGCAGCCGCUCCCAUGCCGUCUUUAACAUCAUCUUCACUCAGAAGAAACACGACUCGGAGAGCGAAAACACAUCAGAAAAGGUCAGCAAGAUCAGCCUGGUGGACCUGGCUGGUAGCGAGCGAGCUGACUCUACUGGUGCCAAAGGAACCAGACUGAAGGAAGGAGCCAACAUCAACAAGUCUCUGACCACACUGGGCAAAGUUAUUUCUGCUUUAGCUGAGCAGGACUCAGCCCCAAACAAGAACAAAAAGAAGAAGAAGGUGGAGAGUUUCAUUCCCUACAGAGAUUCAGUUCUGACAUGGCUACUAAGGGAGAACUUGGGUGGAAAUUCUCGUACGGCCAUGGUGGCUGCCCUCAGUCCUGCUGAUAUCAACUACGACGAAACCCUCAGUACCCUCCGGUACGCUGACCGCGCCAAACAGAUCCGCUGCAACGCUGUUAUCAACGAGGACCCGAACAACCGUCUUGUACGCGAGUUGAAAGAGGAGGUGGCCCGCCUCAAAGACCUGCUCUAUGCUCAGGGCCUGGGCGACAUCAUUGAGAACCUGUGCGAUUACAAGAACUUUGUGAAUGAUCGCCAGGCUGUCAAUCAAAGGGGUGAUCUCUCCACAGUGACCAAUGCCAUGACGGGCAUGAGCCCCUCCCCCUCGCUGUCGGCCAUGUCCAGUCGCGCCGCCUCCAUCAGCAACCUCCACGAUCGCAUUUUCAGCCCGGCCAGCGAGGAGGCCAUCGAGAGGCUCAAGGAAACCGAGAAAAUCAUUGCAGAACUCAAUGAGACUUGGGAAGAGAAACUACGGCGUACUGAGGCCAUUCGCAUGGAGAGAGAGGCCUUAUUGGCUGAGAUGGGUGUUGCCAUGAGAGAAGAUGGAGGCACUGUUGGCGUUUUCUCCCCCAAAAAGACACCGCAUCUAGUCAAUCUGAACGAGGACCCGUUGAUGUCAGAGUGCCUGCUGUACUACAUUAAAGAUGGCAUCACAAAGGUUGGACGUGAAGAUGCCAAGGCGCGCCAGGACAUUGUCCUCAGUGGGCAUUUUAUUCGAGAUGAACACUGCACCUUCAGCAGCACCACAAGCCCUCAGGGAGAAGGUUGUGUGGUUUUGGAGCCUUGUGAAGACGCUGAGACGUACGUUAAUGGAAAGCGAGUGACGUCUCGCACCGUGCUACGUUCAGGCAACCGCAUCAUCAUGGGCAAGAGUCACGUGUUCCGCUUCAACGACCCCGAGCAGGCCCGGAUGGAGCGCGAGAAGACUCCGUGCGCCGAGACACCGGUGGAGCCCGUUGACUGGGCCUUUGCUCAGAGGGAGCUGCUGGAGAAGCAAGGCAUCGACAUGAAGCAGGAAAUGGAGCAGAGGCUUCAGGAGCUUGAGGAUCAAUAUCGUAAAGAAAGAGAAGAAGCCAGCAUCCUGCUGGAACAACAGAGGCUGGAUUAUGAGAGUAAGCUGGAGGCUCUCCAGAAGCAAGUGGACUCACGCUACCUGGAGUCACCCGAAGAAGAAGAGGAAUCGGAAGAAGAAGUGCCGUGGACAAAGCGUGAGACGGAGCUGGCUCUGUGGGCCUUCAGGAAGUGGCGCUGCUACCAGUUCACCUCGCUUCGGGAUCUGCUGUGGGGUAACGCCAUCUUCCUCAAGGAGGCCAACGCUAUUAGCGUGGAGCUGAAAAAGAAGGUCCAGUUCCAGUUCGUUCUUCUGACAGACACCCUGUAUUCCCCCCUGCCUCCUGACCUGCUGCCUCCCAGUGAGUCCAAAGAAAGGGAGAGGCGUCCGUUUCCGCGGACCAUCGUGGCUGUGGAAGUGCAAGACCAAAAGAACGGGGCCACUCAUUACUGGACUCUGGAGAAGCUCAGGCAAAGACUGGACCUGAUGAGGGAAAUGUACGAUCGGGCCGCAGAGCUCCCAAGUAGCGCCGUGGAAGACUGUGACCACGCUCUCACUGGAGGAGAUCCUUUCUACGACCGCUUCCCGUGGUUCCGUCUGGUUGGCAGAGCAUUUGUGUACCUGAGCAACCUGCUGUAUCCUGUUCCACUGGUCCAUCGUGUGGCCAUCGUGAGCGAGAAGGGCGAAGUGAAGGGGUUCCUCAGGGUAGCUGUGCAAGCCAUUUCAGCGGAUGAAGAAGCUCCUGAUUACGGUUCAGGUGUGAGGCAGUCUGGCACGGCUAAAAUCUCAUUUGAAGAUAAACAGUUUGAGAAGUUCCAGACUGAGUCGUGUCCACCAGGCACUCUUUCCCACUCAAACACCUCCCAGGAGGAGCUCCGCAUUGUGGAAGGAGAAGGUCAAAAUGCAGAGAUGGGAAUCUCUGCAGAUGAAGUCAACAACAACACAUGUGAAGCUACCCCGGAGCCUCCACCCAGUCCCAAGAGCUCAGGACUGGGUCUAGAUCUUCCCUUGGAGCUCUCACCAGAGAAGGCUUUGUCCCACCUGAAGAUAGGCAGCACUUUCACCUUCAGAGUCACCGUGUUGCAGGCCUCCAGCAUCUCGGCCGAGUAUGCUGACAUUUUCUGCCAGUUCAAUUUCAUCCACCGCCACGAUGAAGCGUUCUCCACCGAGCCGCUGAAGAACACCGGCAGAGGGCCGCCACUUGGCUUCUACCAUGUGCAAAAUAUCUCAGUGGAAGUGACCAAGUCAUUCGUGGAGUACAUCAAGACCCAGCCCAUUGUCUUUGAGGUGUUUGGUCACUAUCAGAAGCAACCUUUCCCGCCCCUCUGCAAGGACCUCAUCAGUCCACUAAGGCCUUCCAGAAGGCAGUUUCCCAGAGUGAUGCCAUUGUCCAAACCAGUGCCAGCCACCAAACUCAGCACUCUGACCCGCUCUGCCGCUGGACCUUGUCACUCCAAAUAUGACCUCAUGGUCUUCUUUGAGAUCUGCGAGCUGGAAGCCAGCGGAGACUACAUCCCAGCUGUUGUGGACCACCGAGGUGGGAUGCCCUGCCACGGCACGUACCUCCUGCAUCAGGGUAUUCAGAGGAGGAUCACAGUCACCAUCGCUCAUGAAAGCGGAAACGACAUUGAAUGGAAGGAGGUCAAGGAGCUGGUUAUUGGUCGCAUCCGAAACACUCCGGAGGCUGACGAGACCAUCAUAGACCCCAACAUCCUCUCUUUGAACAUCCUCUCUUCUGGAUAUUUCUGGCCAAAACAUGAUGACAAAACCUUCUACCGCUUUGAGGCAGCAUGGGACAGCUCCAUGCACAACUCCCUCCUCUUGAAUAGAGUUACGCCCUACGGAGAAAAGAUCUACAUCACCCUCUCAGCCUAUCUGGAGAUGGAGAACUGCACUCAACCUACAGUCAUCACCAAAGAUUUUUGCAUGGUGUUUUACUCGCGUGACACCAAGCUUCCUGCAUCUCGCUCCAUCCGAAACCUCUUCAGUACAGGCUGCCUCAGGCCUUCCGAGAGUAACCGUGUCACUGGAGUCUACGAGGUGACUCUCUGCUAUGUUGCUGACAACGGGAGUCCAGGCAUGCAGCGGCGUCGCAGGCGAGUGCUCGACACGUCAGUGGCGUACGUCCGAGGAGAGGAGAACCUGGCCGGGUGGAGGCCUCGCAGUGACAGUCUCAUUUUGGACCACCAAUGGGAGCUGGAGAAACUCAGCCUGCUUCAGGAGGUGGAGAAGACCCGACAUUACUUGCUGCUGAGAGAGAAGUUGGAGGCCACGCUGCUGGCCGGCCAGGAUGCGCUCUACAAGGGCAGUGACAUCGGAGACUUUGCCAAGAGUCCAGUCCUUAGCCAGAGUCCCCCAAGCAGCCCGGCACUGGACAGCCCCAACCAGAGGCAGAGGGAGCUGGCUGCCAAGUGUCUGCGUCUGCUGAUGCACACCUUCAACAGGGACUACAGCCAGGUGAGCAGCAGUGCCAGUGAGAGCAAGCUCUCUGAGAUAUCGGCAUCGCUAAUGAGGGAGGCGUCCGUUUCCACGCUGAGCACACUCACGCCGUCCUCCACCUGCCCUUCGCUGAUCGAGGGACACUAUGACAUCAGACACGCUGAGGCCGGUUCGGGAGCGUCCACCCCUGAUCUGGACCCGUUCAGCCCAGUGGACAGAAAAAAAGCUCUCAAAGGCUGCAGCUUUGUUCCAGACAUACAGGAGAUACGUGUCAGCCCAAUUGUCUCCAAGAAGGGCUACCUGCAUUUUCUUGAGCCCCACGCCAGCGGCUGGGUAAAACGCUACGUGGUGGUGCGCCGCCCCUACGUUUAUCUGUAUCGUAACGAGAGGGACAGCGUGGAGCGAGCCGUCAUCAACCUGUCGUCGGCCAAGGUGGAGUACAGCGAAGAUAAGCAGACUUUACUGCGGACUCCAAAUACAUUUACUGUGUGCACCGAGCAUCGUGGGAUACUGCUUCAGGCCAACAAUGACAAAGAGAUGCACGACUGGCUUUACGCCUUCAAUCCUCUACUGGCGGGUACCAUCCGGUCCAAACUAUCCAGACGAAAGUCGGUCCAGUCGGCACCGGUUGCCCAGAGGAUGUGAGACUCUUCACAGCCGUCUUUGAUCCAAACACCCCCAACUGUCCAUCUUAAAUGUUCAUAAACCACUGAUGUAACCUUCUAAAUAUAUAAGACACGUCAUCACAGUUAGAAACCUGCAUGUUGACACCGCUGUGUAUAGUCAUAAACGUGUAGUUAGCCCUUCCUAGUAAUUAGCAAACAGACUAAUCCAUUGUGUGUUCUUUUUGUACAUAGUGGCACUGGUUUGGGGGUGGGGGUGCGGGUUAGGGGUAUCCUCUACACGAUGAUAGCGCUAUUGUGACUAUUCUAUCGUAUCGUAUCCGUUUUGCUCCGGAUUUACCAUGCGGCUAUGGAAAGCCGUUUGAGCAUUUAUUUGGCAUCCUUAAUCCAUGUACUAGUAUGCUGAGUCCUGGGGAGAGUGACUAUUCAGAGCAUGAGCAGAAAUGCUGCCUUACUUGUGAAGAAUUUUCAGCUACUAGAGCCAAUCUUGGCCAACUAUUAGUAUCAAAGAUACUGAAUACAUAUUUAAAAUGAAAUGUUUGAGCAUUUAUCCAAUAUCCUCAAUAUCCAUCUUAAGGUAGAUCUGCUAGUACAGUUUUUGUCCUCAAGGACAAUGUUGACAUGCUAGGAGGACAACUCCAUGUUACUAGUGAUGGAAAACUGCUAGUGGGAUUUUUGGUGCUACUUGUAGGGUCCAGGAAGCUUCUAGUGGAAUGAUGAGGAUCCACUAGUAGAAUAACAGUGUUAUACUAGUCACAUUUUUCAGUACUAAUGCCACUGUAGGCCUUCUAGUAGGCUUCACAAUUUAACUGUACUUUGCUGCACUAAUAUUUCUUGGCCAAGAUAGAGGGAAGUACAUGUAGCCCCCUAACCCCUACAAGUACCACCAUAUUGCUCACUAAUAGUUUUUGACUUAUAGUAACGUGAAGUUGUCCUACUAGGUUGCCAAAGUUGUCAGACUGCUGCAGUUAGUGGAAACCGCUUUUCUAGUAAGUUACAAUAGUUACACUGGUGUGCCCAAGUCAUUCAAGUACUCUACAUAAUAUCGUUUGAGUAAAUACUUACUAGUAGGUCAAAAGUAACACUAGUAGUGGAAAAACUUUCUUGUUACUAGUGCACUGAAUUGUACUAUUACGACUCCUACUAGUGACAUCAAAUCCUACCAAUUAACUAGCGGUUCACUAGUCGUACUUAUUACCUAAAUGUGGCUGAAUAUUAACACCUAGUCUUACUAGUACAUACAGCAAUGUUGUGAUAGAGUAGUUUAAAAAAAAUGCAGUAGCUAGACAGUUGUUCUGCUAGUCGAGUGAAUUGUCUUAAUAGUGAGGACAAAGAGUGUACUAGUACAUGAACCUUAAAUUCGAUAUAAAGGAUAUUAAAUAAAUGCUCUGACGUGUCCUUUUCACUGUAAAGUAGGACAAACACCUCAACGGUGGUCUCAUAAAUGUUGAUCUGUUGCCCCCAAAGUCAAGAUAGACAACAAACACCCUGGCCUUUAAAAGAGAGGCAAGAAAAACAUGAUCCCUUGCGCAUAUUAUCACAGAGUAACAUUAUUUUUUUUAUGUUGUUGCUCUCUGCUUUUAGUUACUUGUGAAGGAAUUUUGUUGCACGGCACUUUAUUGUCCUUGUUGAGUUGUUGCAUUAGCAGAAGCUUUGUUUUUGUUGUUUGUCUUCAAUCAAAACCAAGAUAAUCCAGAUGAUUAGCUGCCUCCAAAAUGGUAUUAUAUAAAAAGGCGAUUGUCUGUGGUGUGACUAGAGUGAUUUAACCCCCCUGCCCCCCGAUCUGUUAUUGAAAAUAGUCAUGGCCGGCAGUCGUAAAUGUUAAACCUGGAUACGGCUAUUUCGUGAUGUACGUGGUGUGCUGUGUGGGUUGUGUCGAGCACACCACCUACGAUAAGAACACACGUGAUGAUUUUUUGUCAUCGUCAUGUGUGGUCUCGCUUGCAUGUUUAAAAUAAGGGCACUGUACACGCGUAAUGAUUUUAACCGAUAAUUGCCACGUGUGCUUACUGUUCUUAUGUUGUUAUCCAGAUGGCCAACACAGCAGGGUCCAUUUUCUAAAAAAAAAAAAAAAAAAAGCACUACACCACAAGAUAACCAUUCAGGAUAAUCAUCUGACACAUUUGACCAAUUACAGCAGAGGGAAAAUGAUCAAAUGUGGCCGAUUGUUGUUUGUGUACCUACUGCUGAAGAUGUUAAAUAUUGGUGUGUGUGUAGCCAACUUUUCAAUCCUCAUUUUGAGAAUCUCCACACAACAAAUGAUUUAUGUCAGUCAAGGCACGCUUGCUUUUUCCAUUCCUACAUGCCUAUAUCAUCUUUACAUUAUACUUUCUGAAUUUGAUCUGUUUUGUCUUUAAUGCAUCGGAAAAUGUGCUGCUUUGUAUAUCUUUGACUUCUUAUCCUCACUAGUAGCGGAAUACAACAAAAGUGUACUUGUGAUGCGGGAGGCUGCCUAAUGGGAAUUUAGUAGUAUUGCAUACAAAAAGUCGGUCCAGUCAGUAAGUUGUUAAUGAAUUUUGUGAAGAUGAUACAAAUAAUCCGUCAAGCCAUAACAUUUAAAUGACAAACGGUUUAUAUAAAAUUUGAAGAUGAGAUGCGACCUGGAUUCCUAUAAGUAGCACUGAAUGUUGUAUGUUUUGCUUUGCUCUUUUUUUUGGGGGGUGGGGGUUAAGAUUCCCACAAAAUUUUCAUAUGAUCCUAAAAAGGCAAAUUCCACACAGCUACUAGUGCCUCCCUGUUUCUUCACCUUCUUUUUCUCAGCUUCUGUGUAGGCUAAGCCUGAGUACUGCUAAUUUUUGAUAUACAAAUGACAUCCGAGUGAAUACCCUCAUGUAGUUGUAUACUGUGUUUGCCUGUGACGUCCUCGCUAUAUCUCGGUGUCAUUUGUACACAGCAAGUCGAUUUGUUUGCUUUGUAGCUGUUCUAAUGCUUGAUAAUUAGCUUAUUAUGGGAUGGGUUGUUGUUUUCGUGCAUUGACGCCAUUUUUUUACGCAUUGCGCAAAUGUAUCGAGUAUUUUUACUUUCAAUCUUGAGGAGACAUAUUGCCGCACAGCUCCUCCACACUAAGGAAUAAGGGUGCUUCACAAUACUUGAGGUAGUUGCACGUUCAAGGGAGUUAACACAUUUGCUUGGGCUAUUUUCAAGACUUUAAAUUAGUGAUAAAUAAAAAAAAAAAAAAUGGGAUGAGGUCUGACCAAAAUGUAUGGAUUUGUGGGAAAAGUAUGAAAUUGACCAUAAUUGGAUUCUGCCCAAUUGUGGCGAUGUAGCGUGCUGAAAUCAAGACUCUGAUCUCAAUGGAAAAAAAAAUUACUUAUUUUGAGAUUUGAUCAAUUUUUUGGGACCAUUUAAGCUCAUUUGGAUUGUUUCACGAAAAACUGAUAUGUGCUGCACUGAGAUGACCCCCCCCCCAAAAAAAAAAAAAAAAUAAAAAACAGAA